GAUGAUGUAGAAUUAGAAGAUAGUCGCGAAACGGGAGAGUUAUUCAUAGAAGUUUUAAAUGAAAACAAAACAGGACAGUUGGAUGCCCCAAACCAGAAAUAUAAGAAACUGAGGAACGAAAUAGAAAAGCAUUUAAAUGUUGAACCUAUAUCGGAAGAAACUAAACGUAUUGUGAUUGAAGCUUUAGAUCAGAUUGAGACUGAAUUGAAAAAGAAUGAUUGCGAUUUGAAGAAGGCAGAAGGAAAUUUCAUGCGCAGAGGGAAUUUACGUGGAAGCAAGCCUUCGAUAGUUAUUCCCAAGAAUAUGGCACAGACGGAAAUAAUUAUGAAACGUAUAAAAGAAAAAUGGGAUAAAGUAGUAAGUCAAUACUUGAUGCCCGCUGACUCAGUCACUCAUAAUGAUACCAUUCGAAAAGUAGCAUUUGUGUUCCUUACACAACUAAGGCAGUUUAUUUUUGAUGUUCAUGACGAUUAUAGAAAACUACAAAACAAGUAUGAGAUUAAAUGUGAUACGUCUAAAAAAAUAAAACCACAAUCACCAAUUUUUAAACAAACUAAAAAACUUGAUAAUGAUGAUACGUGCAGUGACCUUAUUAUAUGUUCAGCAGAACUAUUAGAUUUCUUAGCUGAUUUCUAUAAUCAAUUAAACGAAACAUAUACUGAAGUGUUCAAAAACUACAUUGAGAUGUAUGAAAGAGAGGUUGAAGCAGGUAAAGAUGAGAAAGAAUCUUUUAAAAAUGUCUUAGAACUUAUUUUAGAUAACGCUCGAGAUAAGAUAAAGAAAAUGUUUUCAAAAGAAUUAGGAAAACUAAACGAAAUUUUGAAUAACCGUUCUAAACGAACUGAUGGUCUUAAAAACAUAAUUGAUAGAACCAUAGAUAAUAGUAAAGAGUUAAUUUACGCUUCGCUAUCUAUGAAACUGAAGAAAUUUAAACCAAAAUUACGUUUAACUAUUAAACAAGACAUAGACGUUUCAAUCGGUAUAGAGUUGGGAAAUCUACAAAAAGUAUUUAAGGAUAAAAUGUGUGUAGUAUUUAAAACUUGUAACGGUGAAAUUGCCUUGCGGAAAAGUAGCACAGGUAACACAGGUCACUAUAAUCAUAUGGAUCCAAAUAGCAUUAAAAUAAGAUUAAGACUAGGACCUAUUAUACCAUACCAGAGAAUUAAUAAUGAUUAUAGAAGAAAAGAAUUGAAAGGACACACAAAAAACACCCCGGAAUUGAAUGACAAAGUAAGUGCAGGACCAAAAAAUUUAAAACCUUUUAAUGUCAGUGAAUAUACGCAUACAGUAAAUGUUACAAGGACGACAUAUGCACAGUUUACUGAGAAAGCUACAACAAUAAACAUGGAAAAUUCAUCGCAAGCGAUAGAAAAUGUAACAGAGAGUGAAGACUCCCUAAUUAUAUAUUUUUAGUACAAAAUAUAAUUGUGAUACUUAAAA